GACUUGGCGAGGCUGAAAGCCUUAAAACCUCAAGCAAUCGCUCCCGUUUACCGCAGUUGACGACUAUUACGAGACUUUAUAAACUCGGCGAGCACUCUUCUUCUCCGGACUCUCUCGAAAUUCGAAAGUGUCAAAGCGUACGGAUACCCAGAGAGACUCUUGUCCUUCCAACUCUUACGACGAAAGAAUUGCUAUUGCUACUACCACCUUCUGCAUACAGUAACUUUCGUCCUCUCUCUACCACCACCACCACCAGAGCCAACACUCUUAUCAAAUAUUCAACAUGACCAAAGCUUGGGACCGAGAGAAGUCGAGGAUGCAUGAGCUCUACAUGGUCCGCAAUAUGAAGUUAUCCCAAAUGCAAGAAAUCAUGCGGGAACAGCACGGCUUUACAGCAAGUGAGCGGGCAUACAAGCAAAAGUUUAAGGAAUGGAAGUGGUUCAAGAAAACUCCGCGCAACCAAGGAGUAAACCCAGACGCGAUGACCAUCAGCCUCGGGCGACCGUCGCCCACUUCACGCUCGUACGGACACUCCAGCGCCGACCUACGAAGGUGUUCGGACUCGAGUUCUUUAAGUAGCAUGGACCACCAUCAUGGCCAGAUGCCCCCCCCGACCCCGUAUCCCGACCCAAGUGUAAGCCCCGAACAUAGCGUUUAUCCAGCUACUCAGCACAGCUUGUUGGGCUUGGGACCCGUUCACAGUCCACAGCCGGUCGUUCGAGAUACCUACCAAAUAUCGCUACCACCAGUGGCGGAGUUACAGUUGCUGCCUUUCAAAGAGUCUGUAAAGGAUAGUGUAAGGACGGCUCAGAUGCACCUGGACUCGGGGGAUCUGGAACUCGCGGGGGAUUACCUUGAGCAUAGCUUGAAAACUUUACAAUGGUUGACUUCCAAGGGGUGUCGGUAGAUGACGAUUUUUCUUCUUCUUUUUUAUUCGUUAGGGACAUGGGUUUUUCUUCUUCUUCGCCUCCUCCUCCGCCUCCUUCUUCGCCUCCUCCUCCUCCUCCUCCUCCUUUCUCCUAUUCUUUUCUUUUUACAUUCGUUAUUCGGUGUUAUUGUCUUUUUUUUCGUCUCUUUUUUUCUCUUAUUUCCAGGGGCGUCAAGGGUUCGACGAUCAAGGGCUAUCGUUAUGCAAAUUUUUUUUAUGGGAAAAUGCACGAAAGCGAGAGGGGGAUCAAAGUCGAUGCGCAUCCUUUCCGUGGUUAAUGUGCAUUACACAGAUUAGAACUGUCACAUCCCCCAGAUGUGGACCUGCAGAUAAGAGCCUUCUGACUAGUGAAAGUCGGCUCAAGAAUACAAAUCAUCUUCAAGAAAACAAAAAAGGAAAAAGGAAAAAA